AGAGUAUAAAGGAAAAAAAUCACCCAUCCUGCAAUUAAUCAAUUAAUUCCGGGAACAAGCAAAGAGAGAAAGAAGCGAUGGCGUCCUCCAAAUAUCAGGCGGCGCCGUAUCCCAGUGCGGCGAGGCUCUCCGAUUCCGAUUGCUACCAGGAGUACAGCGCUUCACUUAAAUGUUUAGAAGAAUUUAGCUCCGACAAGAGUAAAUGUCAAAAGCAUUUUGACAUGUACAAGGAAUGUAAGAAAAAAGAGAGAGAAGCUCGGCUGGAGCGCAAUAGAAGUCGUUCUUUCUUCUCCUGAGAGUCUCUUCUGGUAAUGCUUAAAAAAGCGAGGUGUUUGUGCCUUUGUGGCACGUAGAGACUCGGCUGAUGCAUAAUAGAAGUUGUACUAAAGUUUUCGUGAGUAUUUUUCUUGAGCAAUGCUAGAGUUACAAACUAAAUAGUCACAAAUUUUACAAACCUACAAUUCGUGAAUCUCAUUAAGAGCAGAAAAUAAUUUUAGAUAAUUUUGAAGUAAAAAUUUAUGUUUACAAAUGGUAAGUGUGUGAAUUUCAUGACUAUUUAGUUUGUGACUAACAAGUAAUGCCCCCUCAACUAGUUCAAAUUUGGUAUCGUCAAUAUGGCGCACUUAAAUUUUCACUUAGCAUUUAGAGAGUGAGAAUAAGGAAUUUAAAUGAGUGGGAAGUGGCAUUAGUCAUUUAAGAUGUAUGAUUCUACUCGUUAAAUUUCUAUCUUUUG